CCUAAAUUCCAUUUUUAUUCGACAUUCCAGAGCCAUAGACCCCUGGUUGCUCCACUAUGACUAUUUUCCCUCUCAGAAAAGGGGUACCCUUUUGCGGGAAACACUAGACGUUUUCCACCAGACGAGGACGCCUCUUGCGGGUGUGUUGGUGUUCACUCCACGCACAGGCUCAUUUAUAGCCAGGUGGCGCUUGCAACAGGCGGAAAAUUACUCUUACGCUCCGCCCUAAAAUCCUCGUUUUUUCGUAUAGUGUUCCCGCGAGAAGGUGGUACCCCUUUUCUGAGAGGGAACAUAGCCAUAGUUGAGCAACCAGGGGUCUAUGACUCUGGAUAUUUUAAUUGAAAAUUUAUUCGUUAUUCGUAUUUGCGAAUAAAACAUCCUUUUUAUUCGUUAUUCGUUAUUCGUAUUCGUUUGUACUACUUAUUCGUAUUUGUUUACAAAACAUAUCAAGUUUUUUCUUAUUCGAUAGGGGAGACCGGGGUUAUAUGGUCUGCGGGGUAAGAUGCUCGUUUGGCUCUUAUUUGUAUCCAUUUGAAAUUUCACUUUUUUCAGAAUAGCCAAAAUGUGUAUUUUUAUUCAUAGAUGGCCCCCACCAAAAAAUUUUUCGUCCGCACUUCAUUCGUAAAGUUUUAAUCGUCAAAAACGUCUUUUAGUUUUGCCGACCAACUUUUUUUUGUGGACUAUUUUUCUUUUUUCUUCUAAGAAAAAUGAGAAACUACGUUAGAAAAACUGACAGAGUAAAGGUCCCAUCUGAUGUAAUUGACAGAGCAGUUGCAAAGGUGUUGGACGAGGGAAAAUCAGUUUAUAUUGUAGCUAUUCUUUUUAACAUUCCAAGAAGAAGUCUUACAAGAUUUGUUGAAAACAAGAAGAAGUCAGGUUUAGAAGAACAAAACAGGCCUAAUAGUGUUUCUCCAACCCAUCAUGGGUAUUCAUCUGCGCGCCAGGUUUUCAACAAGGAAGAUGAGGCUCUGCUAGCUGAUUACCUUCAUCGUUCAGCAGAUAUUUACUUUGGAUUGUCCCCAAUUGAUGUUAGAAAGCUGGCUUAUAAUGUUGCCACAAAGAGAAAUCUAAAAAUCCCACCUUCGCGGACUGAAAAACUUUCAGCUGGACCAAACUGGUUUGCAUCAUUCAUGAAACGCCAUCCUACUCUGGCAAUAAGAAAACCUGAGGCUACUUCCCUGGCAAGAACCUCAUCAUUUAACAUCCACAAUUGUGAUUUGUUCUUUGACAAUUGUCAAAGAUUGUUGGUGAGAGAAAAAAUUGGGCUUGAAUGCGUCUGGAACAUGGACGAAGUUGGUGUUACUACAGUUUCAACACCUGAAAAGAUCGUAGGUCGCAAAGGCCAGAAACAAAUAGGAUCAAUUGUUUCAGGAGAGAGAGGGGUGUUGGUUACGGUUUGUUGUGUAGUUUCCAGCUACGGCAAUACUAUUCCACCCUUCUUUUUCUUUCCUCGAGUAAAUUUCAAGCUAAGACGGCUCUGUAGUAGGCCCUAUGUCGAAUGUAAGGCCAACUUGCCCCAACUCAAAGGGCAACUUGCCCCGGCGGUGGGGUAAGUUGGCCACUGAAAGUGUCGCAAUAAAAAGUUGUUUUGGCCUGUGAGGGACCGGUGUGUGAAAAGUGAGCCAACUAACCCCGGUCUCCCCUAGAACACUGCUCUUUUGGGCUGAGAGGCCGUACAAUUACAAAUAGUGAUGUUAAGAGCAUGAAGGCGACAGAAAAACGGUAUGAUGAGGAGAGAUAGAAGACAUAAUCUAUGAGAAAAGUAAUUUCAAAAUCAAUUUCAGGGAUCCAUUCUAUGAAUAAUUAAGAUUACUAAAGUCUGAUAUUGUUCAACUAUUACUAAAAAUUAAAGAAAUCAGUUAAUACGCAAUAAUUAGAAUUUAAACACGGCUUAAAGAUAAUUUGAGUGAUUCGUACGUGAUUUACAAAAUAAAAAAUUACAGCAAUACAAUUUCAGAAUUCGACAACUGGUUUUAAAAGAUUCCGAGGACGUUAACCGAGGCGACGCUCUGGUUGUAUGGGUAAGAUUGACGUCUCUGGAAUCGGGUUAGAAGGUAAUGAAAUUGUUGGUAAACUUAUCAUUAAAUUUGUGAGUAGGAGGAAUUGUGGGUGGGGGUCUCAUCAAAUUUUGAGUAGGAGUUUCUUUUUCACAAGGAAUUUGUUCUAACUCAGACUGAAGGUUUGUUUCUAGGGGUAGAGGAAAAGUUUCGAGUUC